AACUCUCGGGAGCAGACCGAUAAGCGCUUUUCGGGCCCUACCGCCAAACCAAAACAGCAGAAAACCAGAUAAAUAGCCAAGACAGCCAAGUGGAAAGCGAAGCAAACUCAGUAAAAGCCAAAACCCAAGGCGAACGGGCCCAUUUUUUGGUGUUUCGUUCAGUUUCUUGGGCCACUUUUGAAAAACGGCCAGCGAAACGAAGCAAAAAGUGGGAAAACUUCACAGCCAAAACAAAUCAGUGCAGCAGCCGCCAAUUGCAUCCCAUAUUGCUCUCCGGCGAGUUUGUAUCCCUGUGUUCAGUGCCCGUGCGUGUGUGAGUGUGUUUUGGCCAGAAAACGGAGAGAAAAGUGAAACGACCGGCAGCGAAAGCGCGAAAAACAACAAGGAACAACAGACUUUCAACUUGCAGGAAGUUCCAACUGCAAGCUGACACUGCAAGCGGCCAAAAUUGGAUUAUGCUUAGGCACAAACGCAACUGCCACGCCAUUCAGACGCCCAGCGACGCCGAGCAUGUGAAGUUAAAGCCGCACUUCCAUCCGCCCCAGUGGCUCCUGCACCGCCUCACCUUCUCUCUGGAGCUGUACCACAAAAACAUCAUCAAGAAAGUGCCCAGUGCCGCCAAGUCCCUCGUCUUCAGGCUGACCAAGAACGUCUGCCAGACUUAAG